AUGUCGCGUGGUGGGGUUUCAGCUGGAUACAUGUGAGAAAGGGCAGUGGGCGAACGGAGGGAAAACGUGACUGUUGGCAAGUAUAGUAGAAACAGUCACGAAGUUGAUCUCUAAAUAUCAUCCAUCUCUCUCUCUCUCUUCCUCUUUCUUUCUCUCUCAAAUUGUUGCAUGUCCAGUUCCUGAUGCUUCUUCUUCUUGUUCGGCGCCUUCUUCGUUCCUGCCACUCCACGACAAGCAGGUCAGCUCCCUAUUUGUUCUUGCCCCUCUCCCAGAGAUGUUUGCAUCCUUCUCCGUCUGCAGCCAGCCGAAGGAGGAUCCUUGACCAGACACAAAAUGGUUUUUUUUAACGAUUUCAUCGAAACCUCGCGUCUGACCCCGCCCUCAAUUUCUCUAAUUCUCUGACCAUCUCGUCUCGUUUCAAAUAUAUAUCCUCGUCAUCAUUAUCGUUUUCGAUACAUCAGUUUCUUCCGCUUGCAGUCGAACAAUGGCCUCAUUCCCGCACUUUGGAACCGCUGCCAUCCACGUCGGACAAGAGCCCGAGCAAUGGGACAUGAACCAGGUGAGAGAGAGUGCAAGGAGGACAUGGACUAGUGAUUGGUUGGUUGCAGGUGGUCCCGCCAAUCAGUCUGUCCUCCACUUACAAGCAAGACCAGCCCGGAGAGCCAAGGGACACGACUAUUCGCGAGCCGGAAACCCGACCAGAGAUGUUCUCCAGAAGAAUCUGGCCGCCCUCGAAGACGCCAAGCACUGCCAGGUCUUCUCCUCAGGACUCGCCGCCUCCUCGGCCGUCAUUAACCUUCUGAAGGUCGGAGAUCACAUCGUCUGCUCUGACGACGUCUACGGAGGAACCCAGAGAUACAUCCGCAAGGUUUCCGUUCCGAACCACGGACUCGAGGUCGAUUUCGUUGAUCUGACCAAGAUCGAAAGACUGGAGAAAGCCAUCAAGCCAACACGAAGAUCAUCUGGUUCGAAUCGCCGUCGAACCCACUUCUGAAGGUCGUCGACAUCGCGGCUGUCGUGCAGAUUGCCAAGAAGCCAAUCCAGAGAUCUUUGUGGUUGUGGACAACACUUUCAUGUCUCCGUACUUCCAAAGACCGAUCUCCCUCGGCGCCGACAUUGUCGUCCACUCCAUCACCAAGUACAUCAACGGACACUCCGACGUCGUUAUGGGAGCCGUUGUCACUGACAACGACGAAGUCCAGCAGCAUCUGUUCUUCAUGCAGCUCGGUAAGAUCCUUCCCAUUUCCGUCAGGCCCCCUCAUUCCGAUUCUUUCAGCCGUCGGAGCCGUUCCUUCGCCAUUCGACUGCUUCCUCGUCAACCGCGGACUCAAGACCCUCCACAUCAGAAUGAAGGCUCACUACGAGAACGCGUUGGCCAUCGCCAAGUAUCUGGAAGUGAAUGACCGCGUCGAAUCGGUGCUCUACCCGGCCCUCGAGUCGCAUCCUCAACACGAAGUGCACGAGAAGCAGACGAAGGGAAUGUCCGGAAUGAUCUCGUUUUAUCUGAAGGGAGAGCUCCAGGAGAGUCGGUCCUUCCUGUCGGCACUCAAAGUUUUCACGCUCGCCGAGUCGCUCGGAGGAUACGAGUCGCUCGCCGAGUUGCCGGCAAUCAUGACCCACGCCUCCGUGCCCGCCGAGACUCGUGCCGAACUCGGAAUCACCGACAACCUCAUCCGCAUUUCCGUCGGAAUCGAAGACCUCGACGACCUGGUCGCCGAUCUGGAUCAGGCCCUGAAGGUCGCCAUUCCGAAGGUCUAA